CAGUCUUCCAGCGCCGGCAUCUUUAGUGUGGGCACCCGGCUAUGACAGCCAGUUACCCGCUGCGCAUACGCGUGAAGCCCUGCGCUUUGUCUGCUGUCUCUUGUUCAUCCCCUGUACUGUGUCCGCAGUCUCUGGUCAUCCCCUGUACUGUGUCCGCAGUCUCUGGUCAUCCCCUGUACUGUGUCCGCAGUCUCUGGUCAUCCCCUGUACUGUGUCCGCAGUCUCUGGUCAUCCCCUGUACUGUGUCCGCAGUCUCUGGUCAUCCCCUGUACUGUGUCUGCAGUCCAUUGGUUCAGAAUAUUUUUUUUUCUCUUGUAUUACUCCUCUAAAACCUAGGCGUCUUAUGGUCAGGUGCGUCUUAUGGAGUGAAAAAUACAG